AUGGUAAGCUUAUUAGAAAAGGUACUCUCUAACCUAUGUGUUUUAUUCUUGUUAGUCUUUGUCCUUGUGUUGGUUUCUUCUUCUUCUUCUCAUGUUGCUGCUUCUGUAACUAAUUCUAUGGGUGCUGCAAAGAGAACUGUGGGAGAAAAGGAAGCAAAGGCACUUCUAACAUGGAAAGCUAGCCUUGACAAUGAAAGCCAGUCUCUCCUCUCUUCUUGGGUUGGAGGCAGCCCUUGCAAAUGGGCCGGAAUCAAUUGUGACGAGUCAAGAAGCAUCACAAGUUUAAACCUUUCAAGUUAUGGUGUGACCCUCCAUAGUCUCAACUUCUCAUCCUUUGCCAACUUACAUAGUUUUGGCCUUUUCAAUAAUUCACUCUAUGGGACCAUUCCAUCACAUAUUGGAAACCUCUCCAAACUCCGUUUUCUUCGUCUUUCUUUAAAUAAAAUCACUGGGAGAAUUCCAUCGGAAAUAGGCCAACUACGAAGUUUAAGAAUCUUUUACCUCUCCAGAAACCUCAUCAGUGGUUCUAUACCACAAGAAAUAGGAAAUUUGAGCUCGCUUACUGAGCUCUCGUUGUUCGGAAACUACCUUAGAGGUGCAAUCCCUGCUUCCAUUGGAAACUUGGGAAACUUAACCGCUAUACACCUCUAUUAUACUUUACUUUCUGGACAAAUUCCUUCCAGUAUAGGAAACCUGACAAAGCUCACCCAAUUGAACCUCCAAUAA